CGAUAAACAAGUGAAAGGAUCUAUCUAUCUCUUUGGUCCAGGUGAUUAUUUCCAGUACAAAGUCUCUCAGAACUGAAGAAUAAAAAGAAAGACUGCAACACUAAAACGGGCAUGAUUUCCUCAGUGUACAGCAGAUGAUAGAGGAAAAAAAGGUCAGCAAUUCACAAGAAUCCAAAUUUUGAAUUAUGGAGCAAAUCACCAUUGAAACCUUCUCAUACUUUACCAAGUCUUGCGUUUCUAAUUGGAAGUGAUCUCUGGUUCAUCUGCUUUGGCAUCUUCUGGUUCUGGUUGUUUCUUCCUUACGUCUAUCAGUAAAAUUCUGCUUCCCACAAUUUAGCCAGCUAUAAAUUUUGUUAUCACCAAUACCCAGUAUUGAAUUUAUUUAGAUCCGAUUUCCUAGCACAGUUCCAGACAAUUCAAGGUUUUAAAAUUGGGUUUAGCAUAAAUUAUUGAGCACUUGGGCAGUUUCCCUUUUCUCUUCUUCCUGUGGGUACUAUACCAGCUAGUGAAUUCAACUAAGGCCAGAUGACUGUAGAUGAAGGGGUUAGUAGCUCCUCGUGGACUCGAGAGCAGGAUAAAGCAUUCGAGAAUUCCCUUGCAAUUCAUCCCGAGGAUUGUCCAGAUCGGUGGGAGAAGAUAGCUAGUGAUGUACCGGGGAAAACCGCUGAGGAAAUUCAACAUCACUAUGAGCUCUUGGUUGAAGAUGUUAACCAGAUUGAAUCUGGCUGUGUUCCUCUACCUUCCUACAAUUCUUCUUCAGAGGGUUCAUCCAGCCACGUUGGUGAUGAAGGAGCUAGUAAGAAAGGUGGACAUAGUGGGCACUAUAACAGCGAAUCUAAUCAUGGAAAUAAAGCUAGAUCAGAUCAGGAACGUCGUAAAGGGAUUGCGUGGACAGAGGAAGAGCACAGAUUAUUUCUACUGGGUUUGGAUAAGUAUGGGAAAGGCGACUGGCGUAGUAUAUCACGCAACUUUGUUGUGACGAGAACACCUACCCAAGUUGCAAGUCAUGCACAGAAGUACUUCAUACGUUUGAAUUCUAUGAACAAGGACAGGAGGCGAUCUAGUAUUCAUGAUAUCACGAGUGUUGGCAAUGGAGAGAUUGCUGGACCUCAAGGACCAAUCACUGGUCAAGCAAAUGGUUCUGCCGGAGGGCCCUCUGGAAAAUCAUCCAAGCAACCUGCUCAACCUCCACCUGGCCCCCCAGGGGUUGGAAUGUAUGGCGCACCAUCUAUUGGACAACCAAUAGGACCCCUUGUAUCAGCAGUUGGCACCCCAGUGAAUCUUCCUGCCCCUCCACAGUUGGCAUAUGGUGUUAGAGCACCUGUAGCCGGAACAGUGGUUCCUGGCGCUCCAAUGAACAUGGGUCCCAUGCCAUAUCCAAUGCCACAUACAUCCGCUCAUAGGUAACCCACUGUUAAAUUGCAAACUGUACAAAGGACAGAGACUUACUAGCUUGUGCCCUUUCUGGGACAUUGCGAACCUUCUCCUUUGAGCUUGAAUAUUUAGCUUAUUUGGAACCACAAGUUUGAAUCUUGAUGUUUCACUAUCAUUUGUCUAUUCUUGUAUCGAAAUAAGCCAUACAGGGAAGAAACCACAAGAAUCUGUACAGGCAAUUCUGAGGAGGUGGCAAUAUUUAUGGUGAAGACAAAUAUUUUAGUUUUUUUUUUUCAUCUUAUAGACAUGAAUAGGAAAUUACUAGUCAUGGUGGUAGUCAGUUCUGAAAAGUAGUUUUAUUGCAAAAGUUGUAAAGAACCGCCUUGUAGCACAUUCAAGUUAGUAGGUUUGAUAUUUUUUUUAAUGUAUUAUUUAUUGAACCUUCUCUUUUUAUAA